AUUACAAAAUAAGCAAAAAAAAAAUAUAUAGAAAAAAUGGCUCGUGUAUUCAUUAUCAUUUUAUUUUUUUCGGUUGUUAUUGCACAAAAAAAUAGUUUAAAUAGUUCAACUGCUACAAAAUUAUUAACAGAAGCAACAGACUUAGAUCCAGCUGAAAUUGAAAGACAAAAUCGUAUUACACAACAAAUUUUUGCAAAUUAUAUUGAACGAAGAUUAUUUCCACAUAGAAAAGCACAACAAAAAGUACCAACAAUUGAAGAAAUUUUACCACCAUCCAUAACACAAUCUCCAAAAAGACUGAAUCAAAGGCCAACAAGGCGUAAUCAUUUAAAAAAUUUAAGACGACCAAAGAAUGAUGAACCAGCAGCACAUGAUGAACCAGCUGAAGUAUUUGAUGAUAAAGGUGGAGAUGAAGAAGCCUUACAAAGUGUUGAAUCAAAACAACAUGAUCAAUAUUAUGAUGAAUUUGGAACUGAUCCAUCAGAGAAUGAGAUUCGUGGUGAUGAUUGUCCAAAUUGUGUAGAUGAAACACAGUAUUCAAAUAAAUGGACGAUGCCAUUACUAAAGCUUGGUGAAAAAAGAUACUAUCUUGGAAUCUUCUUCAAGGCGAAUUGGUUUAAGGCUGCCCAGUAUUGUAGAUACCAUGGUAUGCAUUUAUCUAGUAUAUCAUCACAGGAAGAAAACGAUAGACUGGAGAAAUAUAUUAGAGAUUUUGGACUUGGACAUGAACAUUUUUGGACAUCUGGUACAGAUUUAGCUGAUGAAGGUAAUUUCUUUUGGAUGGCAAAUGGACGACCAAUUACAUUUACAAAUUGGAAUGCUGGUGAACCAAAUAAUUUCCGUUAUGAAAAUGGUGAAGAAGAAAAUUGUUUAGAAUUAUGGAAUCGUGAUGGAAAAGGAUUAAAAUGGAAUGAUUCACCAUGUAGUUUUGAAACAUAUUUUGUCUGUGAAGUACAAUCACAAUAAAAGUAAACAGCAAAACAAAAAGAAAAUUUGUAUAACGACGACAUUUUUUUUUUUUAAAUAAUACGACGAAAUUUUUCUAAAUUUCUUAUUUUUUUUUUUUCAUAAAAUAUCAAAAGAAUUCAUUAAAAUAUCCUUAAAAUAAAUAAGUAAUUAAUAGGGAUGCAAUACAUAUAUACUUAUAUACUAUAGGAAUGUUAUGUGUAUUGAUAUAUGUAUGUGUAUGUGUAAGUAAAUCGCAAAAUACAUAUACUUAUAUAGGAAUUUUUAUUAUGUGUAUAGUUGUAUAUUCGUUUUUUCAUAUUCUGUGUAUAUAAAGGAAUAAAAUCGUAUUUUCUUCUUUAAAAUAAUUAAAAAAUAAAAAUUAAAAAAAAAAAAUUAAGAAAAAAAUUAAACAAAUCCUUAGA